CAUGGCGGUUUAGAGAUCCUAUUGUCUUUAUAUGUUUCCACUGUAUUUUACCCCAUUAAGUUGAUUGGAGAGCCCUUGAUCAGAUGUCUCAUCGAAAAGCAAGUAAACGUAGGAGAGAAUUAGCUGGAGUUGAUGAUUUCUCCUCAUCGUUCUUCCCACAAAAGAAGCGAUCGAAAUCACAGGGACAAAAUUCUCAAACGAACGAAAGGCCACAGAAUAAUCUGUCGAUAGGAGAAACUGAAACUGGUGUGAGAAGGUCAUCAAGGACUCCUAAGCCAAAGGUAUUUGAAGAUGAAGAGACUGCUGUCAUUAGUAGAAGUCCUGACGUAACUUCAAGUCCAAAACCAAGUGACUUUGAAAUAACUCAGUCAGUAGUCAGUCAGCAUUCCAAUAAAUCCAACUUGAUUUCGCCCACAAACGACGCUCCAAUUGCCGAAAAACCAAAAAAGAUAAGUUUUUCAGCCACUUUUGACGAGGGCCAUAAGAGAGAAACGAGACGAAGUUACCAAAGUUAUCUGAAAGAAAUCGAAACAGAAACGGAAGUUUUCAAUGAUGCCCCUGUCAGGGUUUAUAAGGAUAGAACACCAAAGCUCACUGAAAACAUUCAGAAGAAUCCAAAAGAAACAGGUUCUUUAAAGACACUGAUUAAGAAAGAAGCACAAACAGAUUUCUCUCCGAGAGUCCGGACAUCUUCAAGAACACCAGUUCCUAAGAGGAUUUUCUCCUUGCUAGAGGAAGGAGGGAAAGGGGAGAAUAAACCAGAGGUGUCUGUCAUCCCAGAGGAGGAAAUUGAGCCAUUACACUUACCAUCAACAUCUCCUAAAAUAAGGUUCUUCUCAAGGGCUUCUGCACAUGAAAAACCACAAAAGAUUUUCCAUUCACUUGAGAAGGAUGAUUUCAUUGAAACAAAACAAGGUGUGACAGAGAAUAACAAAACAAGAACUCCAAAAGUUCAAGGUGGUAAGAAAAGUGCAUCCAAAGAAGAAAGAAAUGAUCAAGAACUGUUAAGGAACACACCAGAAAAUUCUGACAAACCAUCCCCAAAAAUCAGAAUUUCUUCAAGAGGUCACAUGCCAAAAAGAACUUUCUCACUUCUUGAAGGUGAUGAGGAUGACAAGAAUAUUGAAGAAAGUACACAUAGAGAUGACAAAGGUAUAUCCCAGAGUCUUACUGAGUUCCAAAAUACAACUGUAGUCAUAAAGGAACCAAAGAGGCGAACAAGCUCUAGCAAUCAACAAUUAUGUAAACCAAAAUCAUCUCACAAAGGAGAUGUAAACUUGUUUUCAAAUCAUGGAAGUCAAGAGUCACUUGGUCCAACAAACAAAUCAGAUGUGUCUAAAGUUAUCAGUGUGAGUAGUCAAGAGUCUAGGGAAGUGUCUGCAAGAAGAAUGAAGAUAGAAGAUUCUACAUGGAAAGUUGAUCAGGAUAGAGGAAAGAUGAAUAAACGCAAGGGUAAACCUAUGAAAAAGAAAAAUACCCAAUCAGAUGAAGUUCAGAUGCCCACAUUAGCUGCUUUUGAAGCAAAAGCUGAAUCUGACUAUCAUGCUGGUGAAGAGACAUCACUGGCUCCAAAGCCAGCAAAACUUGAAAGCACAGAAAAAGUGAAACAAGCAGAUAAAUCAAAAGCAAAGAAAGGCAGUGGUGUAAGAAAAAAUGUCUCGAAGAAGGAUAGAGUAGAAAACAAACAAGGAUUUUAUUUGAGGGAUUCUGUCACAAGUGUUGAUGAUUCAUCCAGUGAUUUUAACACUGAUGUAUUGAAUGUGAAAAGAAAGGGAAAGAUCAUGGAAAACAGUAAACAGAAGGCUAGCAAAAUCAAGGAUAAAGUGUUUGAGAAGCCAGAGAAAGUUAAAAGUAAUCAUGACACUGAAAGUGAAGAACAUGAACAGAUCAUCUUAAAAUUACAGCUCCCUCAAUCAGAGGAUGGAACAAAACACAAGAAACAUCAUCAUCAUCACCACCACCACCAUCAUCAUCAUCAUAAGCAUAAACAUGUGUCAGGAACUCAUAAAGACGGAUCACCAAAGAAAUCACAUCACAAGAAACCUGCUGCUAAAUUACAUCCUGAUGGCAGUCAAACAGUUCCAGCACCAGAGAAAAAGAAGAAAAAGAUUUCUAUCAAAUUCAAAGGCCUCUCCAAAAGUAAUGUAGAAAUACAAAGCAACACCCCAGAACAAAGAAGCAGUACAGUGAAUUUACCUGAGCAAUCAAAGGAAGGCAAGAAAAAGAAAAAGAAACAAAAGUUACCAAAUUCCCAGGUUGAAAAGCAGCCAGCGUCGCCAUCACAAACUGAAAGUGAACAUGUGAAAUUAGUCAUAAAGAAAGCGAAGAUUCCUGCUAGUGGUAAAUCUCAUGAAGGGAAGAAAAAGAAGAACACUAAACCAACAACACCAAAGUCAAAUAAUCAGAAAAAGAAAGUCACUUCAAAAAUAGAGAGUAAGGAAGAAGCAUCAGUUUCAACUCCAGCCAAAAGAAGCAAAUCACCACAGAAGCCCAAGGUAGUGACAUCCUAUCUGCUCUUCUGCAAGCAACAGCGGAAGAGAAUUGCAGAGGAAAACCCUGGAUUAGAGUUCACUGAAAUAAGCAAGAAAGUUGGCAUUGCAUGGAACAACCUCAAGGAAGAUGAGAAGGAGUAUUGGCGGAAAAAGGCAGAAGAGGUGAAGAAAACCCUCGGACUUGACAGCCCAAGACCUGUGUCUGUGUCCAAAGAAGGACAGGCUGAACCUAUUGACUUAGCAGCCCAUUUACAGCUCUUGGGGGAGUCCCUGUGCACAGUUGGAGCCUGUCUACGAGUACAGGACCCAGGUGAAGUCCAUGGCAGCUUGUCUGUGUUAUUAGACUCAGCCCUAUGUGCCAUAUCCCCUUUAUUGUUUCUAACAUCACAAAUACCUGAAAUGGAUGGCUGCUCCAAAAAGACUCAGACUGAAGUGCUGGACAAUCUUGCUUAUGUGAUGCCUGGCCUGGGAUGAAACAAAAUCAUCAAAUAUACAGCAUCAUGUUGGAACUAUUGUAACAGUUGUAGAUAGUAUUGGGAGUGUGGGAAUGUGGAUAGAAAUUGACGUAGCUUAAAUGCAAAGAUGUGACCUUAUCAGCAGCAUUAUGUUGACCGUUUUUCUGAAAGUCCUUUUAUUUUGAUGAAGACUAUCAUGAGAUUGUCCUAACAAAGUUAUUUGCCAGCCAUGGUCAGUCUAUAUUUGGAAAAACUAUGUCAAAGGUCUUGAUCACAAUACAAAUGGCUUAGUUUUUUCUUAGUUACAUGUUAAUUUUUUUGUUUUGUUCUGCUCCUACGACCAUGAAGAUUGCAUGAUUCUGUGAAUUCAUCUCACACAGCUAAACAAAUAUAUAUGUAUGAUUUAGAGAUCCUUAGAUUUUAAGUUGAACAUGACUGUUAGCGCAAGAUCUUACUAGUAACUUUCAGCUCAUAGGAAAACUUUUCUCAGUAGCCAUUUCUGUGUACAGUAUAUGAUGAUCUUUUGUAAAUAAAUUUUUUACUUGUUCAUUUGGUCAGAAAGCAAAAAUUCAAGAUCAUUUACAGCAUGGGGAUUAUGCUUAAUGAACAUCUUUUAAAAGUAAAAUAUUUUAGUUUAUAUUUUUAACUUCUUUACUGACAAUAUGGAGUCUAAUUUUAAGUUAGCUCCAGACUCUGUUUAGUAAAGUAUUACUGGAAAGGUCACUUUCAUAUUCAAAAAAAAGUGUAGAUGCAAAUACAAAUUUAAUUUUCCCCUUACCCAUAACAUACUUUUAGGAUUCUCAGUUACUGUGAGAAGUAACUAUUUUGUGGGAUAAAAUUCUUCGACCCACCUUCACACUCUUUAUUUAUUAUUCACUCAUUAAAUACUUGUCAGACAGUUGUACUUUGUUAGUGUAUUUCCUUGUCAGAGAAGCAACCUUUUCUUGCUCACUUUCUUAAUCACCUCAAGAGUUAACAAUUAAAGUAAGUAUAUGUAUAGUUUCUUCAGGAACAGGAAGGUUCAGACAGGCACAAAGGAUGAUUUAUUAAAAAAAUGUUUCAACAUG